CGUCACGCUAGCUGCAGUGAGGCUCCUCGCCUUUUCUUCCUUCUUCUUCCGCCUUUCUUCCCUUUUGGCUCGGCUUUACUGGCUUCUCUCCCUCCGGUUUCUACCUCUGCGCUACACUCUCAAAUACUUUUCAAUAUCCUCUCUGUCGCUGUUAUUGCUAUCCCCCCUUUUGCCGCUUGUAAAUCCCGUCGGAAGCGACCCGUGACUCGAAGCUCGUGCCAAUCUGCUGGUGACGACACAAACGCGAAAGUCGGCAAGCUCUCCAACAACACUGUAUCCCCUUCUACUUUACAAACAGAUCUAAGAAGAGGCUCGCUACCGGCGCAAAUCUGCUCACCAUGUUCGACUUUUUUGCUAUGCUACUCUGCUCCGUCGCAUCCUUCUUGUUUCCGAUAUUCGCCUCUUAUAAAGCCCUCAAAACCUCCGAUCCGGCUCAGCUGACACCAUGGCUCAUGUACUGGGUCGUAUUUAGUUGCUGCUUGCUAGUCGAGUCUUGGUUCAACUUCAUUCUUACCUGGGUCCCUUUCUAUGGCUACAUCCGGUUGCUAUUUCUUCUGUAUCUUAUUCUACCCCAAACUCAAGGCGCACGAGUAUUGUACGAGGAGAGAGUUCACCCGUUCCUUCAAGAAAAUGAAGGGGCCAUCGAUGACUUUAUCGCCACUUCCCACAGCCGACUAAAGGCCGCCGGUCUGUCCUAUUUCCGCCAGGCUGUCGAAUAUAUUAAGGAACACAUCCUGAAUCUGCCUCCCAGCGACCGGCAGCCAACUCCCGAUCCCUCGUCGUUCCCCAACGCCCAAACCUACACCCAGUCUCUGCUGGCCCGGUUUAGUGUUCCGGCUCCUAGAUGGGCUGGCGCCGCUAACUCCGGCGCCGACUUUUACAACUUUUUGGCUGGAGCCAUGUCGGCCGCCACCGGCGCUGGAGCUUCUACGGGAAGCGGUGCGACAAGGGAUAUAUCCGCCUCUGGCACGUUGAUCCCGCCCAAUCUAAGCAACUCCAAGGAAAAGAUGAGCUUCAUUUCGACGCAGCGCGAGAGACUCAACGCCGUAAUGGCAGCGCUUGACCGUGAAGCGCAGCAGAUACAGACUGGCGAUUCUGGCCCUUCUGGAUUUGACGGUACUCACGAUAACGACGAAGAGCCGACUCAACGACCACCUAGCGGGUUGAGCAUGUUUAGCGCCCUCAGCAAGAGCCGAAGUGAAGCCGACUUUGAAAAGAUUGAGGCGGAGAGCGGCGCUGAAGAUGACAACGCCGCGUUGCGGAGGAGACAUGUUUCGGGGUCAACAAGCAACCAAGGCGGAUCUUGGGUUCCCUGGGGCCUAGGAGGCUCAUCUGUAAGCGCUGAAGCUGAUCCAAAGGACUCGUAGGCUGCGUCUGCUGCAUCAUUGACGGCAGCUGAUGGUGGACCUCGUAGAGUCCUUAAAUCAGGACCUAGACGUGGAUACUUAGACUACUAUUACUAUUACUGAGUGCACUUGACCUUUCCGUACGCGAAUACUACCUCCAAUUGAUAGACAAUAUACACUAGUACAUGGAACCGAAAUUAAUCACGGUGGUGUUAUUGGGUCUUUAUUUGACUACUACUUGUACAGGUUCAUUCCCGAAUGACGAGAACGAUGGCAUGGAGCUUGAUAUAUUACAAUAGGGACGUAUUGGUAAAUCGUCAAAGUUUCUUUGGCUCGUCAGGCCAAGCUCUAUUUCGUCAGCUUGUAUGGGUAGGCGACGUCGACUUCGCCACGGCGGAACCAGUGUUGUCGCUUCUUCUUUGUCGUGGUGUGCUCGACCCAAGCAGUCUCCAUGUGUGUCUUUUUGAACCAUCGAAGGAAAGUCGGGUCCCAAAGCUCGGAAGCAAUGCCCAAAUCCUUGCAGCAUCGCAUCAAGGCGUUGGACUUGCAGCCCUCGACGGCGGCAGGGAGUUGGUCGGCGCCAAAGUAGGAGUUUUCACCCUGUGCCUGGGCAACAAAGCUGUAAGAUAACCAGAGUUAGUCCAUGUCCAACCUAAGAGAGGUUAUAUUCGUCUCGUUACGUACCGGCCAUUGACGAUAAGUGCAUAUUCCCUCGUGACAAUGUUCUCGCCAACCUGCGUCUCGCUCUUCGGGAUCAUGCCCCAGCCCAUAGGACCAAAUGCCUCGUUCAGUCGGCGACGGUACUUGAUCUCGGGCAGAUAUACGAUGCCGUCGGGCUUGACUUCAAUCUCUGUGACUUCGAGGGGCUUCAUGAGGACCUUGAACUGCGCCUUGGUGACGGGGCGCGACGCAAUGCCGUGGUAGCUCGCCGCCCAGUCGACAUUGUCAAUCUCGGGGCCUGGCGCGCCGGCAUCAGCGUCGCUGUGGGCAAUGGUGGUCGCCUCGUACGUUGCGUUCUUGGGGAUAUUGCUGUUGCCGUUUCCUGCAAUGCUCGAGUAGCCGGCCUUUGCUGGGGCAGCAGCUUUGGUCUGGGUUGGGUUCGAUUUCGCGGACGAUGAGGGUGUCGCGUAGAAGCGCGCGGCUGAUGGGGUGCAUGCGCGGCAGACAAGACGCCGCGAGGCAAGGCUAAGGGCAGUGCGCGGUGCAAUCAUGGUAGAUUCGGUGGUGCGGCACGUCGGGUUGUG